UUCUUUCUCCUCGUUCUCAUCCUCUGCCGCUUUCGCCGUUGGCGAGUUCGGAGACCCUAGGCCUGAUGCCGAUCUCGCGCAAUGGUCGCCCGUAAUCGCGGCGGCGUCGGCGGUGGUAUUGGUGGUGGUAUUCGCCGUCCGAUGGUGGUGCUCCGCCGGCCGUGGACCACGGUCGUCGUCCUCGCCCUCCUCGCUGCCUCCUUCGUCUCCCCACUCCUCCUCUUCCUUCGCGUCCCUGCGGCCGAAAUCUUCCUCUCUCACGCAAGGAAGGAGUCCGACAGGGAGGGCAACGGCAUUGUGAAGAAUCUAUCCCCUGUGCAUGCAUCUAAUUCUAUGCAGCUCAACGCGAUCGAGCAGGAAGUUGGUGGCGGAGUGAAAGAGCCGAAAGGAAUUAUCUACAACGACGAGGACUUGACGGACGUUCAGAGUACAUAUAGUGAGAACGUAACGACUUCUGGUGUAGCAAAUGACCCCAGUUCAAGAAAUAGUGGAGGAGGUGAGGAUCAUCAAAAUCGUUUGUUAAGUUCUGCUACCGGAGAGGAUAACAAGCAGGGACCAUCCAACAGAACUAGUGGUGAAACUAAAAGUGGUUUGCCCCCUCAAUCAUCCACAACUGAGAAAAUAUUGGAGAUGGAGGAUCAGAUAAACAUGGCAAAGGCAUACUUGCUGUUUUCUUCAUCCAAUAGUAAAUCUCACUUAGUACGAGAGCUAAAAAUUAGGAUAAAAGAGAUAGAAAGGGUUCUUGGUCGAACCAACAAAAGUUCAGACUUAUUCAUGAGUGAUUUACAGAAAUUGGAAGCCAUGGAAGUAACUCUGUCCAAAGCUAGAAAGACUUAUCCAGAUUGCUCUGCAGUGGCAUCAAAACUGCAUGCGCAGUUAUACAAUGCUGAAGAACAGCUUAGGGCACAGAAGCACCAAGCUUCAUAUCUUAUUCAUCUUACAGCCAGGACCUUCCCCAGGGGUCUUCACUGUCUAUCCAUGCGUCUCACCACCGAGUACUUUGCAUUGCAGCCUGAACAGAGAAAGUUGCCUAACAGUCAGAAUGUGCAUAAAUUGGCUCUCUAUCAUUAUGCUAUUUUCUCCGACAAUGUUCUGGCAUGUGCAGUGCUUGUGAACUCAACAACAUCUACUUCCAUGGAACCAGAGAAAAUUGUCUUUCAUGUGGUAACCAAUUCCUAUAAUUUUCCAGCAAUGGUGAUGUGGUUUUUAUUGAAUCCUCCUGGAAAAUCUACCAUUCAGAUCCAGAGCUUGGAUGAUUUCCGAUUCUUGCCUGCUGGAUUCAGUUCGUUUUUUGUGCAGUCAGCUAAAGCUGAUCCAAGAUAUACUUCACCACUCAAUCACCUUCGCUUCUAUCUGCCAGAGCUCUUCCCCUUGCUGAACAAGAUUAUGCUUUUGGACCAUGAUGUGGUUGUGCAAAGAGAUCUCAGACGAUUGUGGAGUGUGGAUAUGAACGGGAAAGUCAAUGGAGCAGUGGAUAUCUGUAGGGACAACAAGACAUCACAUAAAUUGGAAACACUUGUGAACCUUUCGGAUCCAGUCAUAGCAAAUAUUUUUGAUGCCAAGGCUUGUUCAUGGGCAUUCGGCAUGAACAUAUUUGACCUGCAGGAGUGGAGAAGACGAGGUUUAACAGGAAGUUACCACCACUGGAAGCAACUAGAAAAUAGCAAGCAGCCAUGGAAAGCAGGAAGCUCUCUGUUGGGCCAGUUGCUCUGCUACAACCACACAAUGACUCUGGACAGGCAGUGGCACGUUUUGGGGCUUGGUCGUCAUUCAAGCGUCAGGAGGUCAGAGAUUGAGAGGGCAGCAGUAAUACACUACGACGGAAAUAUGAAGCCAUGGUUGGAUGUUGCACUUGCAAAGUACAGAAAAUAUUGGACCAGGUUUCUUGACUACAGUAACCCCUACUUCCAACAAUGCAACAUCCAUGAGUAGUUAACCGCAGGUUAGCAGUCUUCUUUUCAGCUGAUAGUUGAUAUUAUUUGGUUCUUUUACAGUGUACAUGAGCAUCUUUUUUCCUACCUAUGUUUUUCCUCGACACUACAUUCCUUGAUGUAAAUCUGCCUUUGACAUUUUCUUAUUUUCCACACAGCCUUGUUGGCAUUAUUUAUUUAUUUCUUUAUUUUUUGCUAUACCAUGCGGAAUAAACAGAUGGUUGAAAGGUUA